AUGAUAGUAAAUUUUGGUUUAUUGUCUCAAAGAACGUGUAGAAUAUCUAUAAUGCAUUAUUCAUCAAAACCCACAUCUUCUGAAGUUUUAACAACAUACUUAACACAAUGUAAAGAACCUCCAUGGACUUCAUAUUUCGUAAAGUAUAGCAGUGUGAAGGACAAUCAAUUUGGAAUGUCCAAUUUUAAUUGGAAAGUAGGCAAAUCUAAUUAUCAAAUAUUAAGGACUGGCUGUUUUCCAUACAUCAAGUAUCAUUGUUCUAAAAAAGAAGAAGAAGAAUUAAGUGUAUCAGAUAAAUUUAUGAGGAUAAUUAAAAUUCUUAAUUUAGGUAUACCAUGCUUACUGUAUGGCCUUGCAGCUACUCUGCUUAUAAGGCAUGCUGAAGUAGUGCAUACAUCCAAAGGACCUGUUACAAUUUACUUUUUAUUACCUGAACAUAAAGGAUCAUUAUAU